AUGUCCUACGCGAAGUUGGCAUCCGAGAAUGUAUCUGUAACACAUCUACAGGAGCCUGAGGAGGCACCCCAAGGCCGUCAUUUGGGCCUCUACUCAACAAUUAUCUUAUUCGUCAGCCGAAUACUUGGGUCUGGAUUCUUGGCCAUAUCUAGUGGAAUGUAUAAUGACUGUGGCAGAUCACCCUUCAUCUUCUUGCUAUCAUGGGUCACGGCAGCCAUCCUUGCAUUUUCAGGUCUUUUUGUGUAUCUCGAAUUGGGCUCUUUGAUUCCUCGGUCCGGAGGCACAAAGGUGUUUUUGGAAUUUAUUUACGACAAACCGUAUAUGAUGAUGAGUGUCAUCAUAUCAGUUUACUCGGUCAUGUUUGGUUUCACUCUCCUGAAUCUCCUAGUAUUUGGCGAGUAUUUUUUGCACGCAUUCAACAUUGAACCCACUGUAUUCCGAACUAGGCUCACUGGCUUGUCUCUCUUGUACAUUGUAUGUGCGUUUCAUGGAUUGAGCGUGAGGCAUGGGAUCAAAGUUCAAGACUUUAUUGGAUUUAUGAAGUUGAUCCUUGCCGCAAUUAUAGUGUGCACGGGAAUUUGGGUGAAUAUGUUUCCAUACUCUGUGACGCAUAUUGAGUAUCAGAUGAAAUUUGACGAGUUUUUUCCAGCUAAAACUAAACUUUCAUUUUCUCUGUUUGCGAGCUCUGUCAUCAAAGGAACCUUUGCAUUCAGCGGUUGGAACUCAGUUCACACAGUAACGAACGAAAUAAAAGAUCCAAUUCGCACUCUCAAAAUCGCUGGGCCAGUGGCACUCUCGAUCAUCUCUCUCACUUACCUUGUGAUAAACUUCACUUACCUAGCUGUGAUCCCAAGCGACGAGAUUGCGAGAAGCGGUCAGCUCAUUGGCUCGAUUUUGUUCGAAAAAGUUUUUGGCUAUCAUUUCGGCAAACAAUUCCUUACCUUGUCAUCAGCAAUAUGCACGGGAGGAAAUGUAUUUGUUGUGUUGUACACAAUAUCACGUGUCAGUCAGGAAGUCUUCAGAGAGGGCUACCUCCCCUUCUCUGGCUUCAUGGCCUCAAAUUGGCCGCGUGAUGCCCCGCUUCCAACUCUUCUUUUGAGCUGUGCCUUUUCUACUCUCAUCAUAGUUUUAUCGCCUGGAGGGGAUGUCUACAACUAUAUCGUGAGCUUGGAAAGCUAUCCUCAACAAUUAUUUGUCGCACUUUGUGCAAUCGGCAUAUUUAUUAUCAGAUACAAGCAUCCCGACGUGAUUGCGCCGAUAAGAUCCUCCUACGUGGGUACAAGCAUAGUGAUAUUAAUAUCUUCAUAUUUGCUCAUUUUACCAUUGACAGACGCAUCUCCAAAUCCUCUUGGUAUGGAGAAAUGGAUACCGUAUACCUAUCUAGCCUUGUUGUCUUUGUUUGUUUGCUUCGUUUACUGGCUUUUUAUGUUCCUUAUCGGUCCACGUUUGGGAGGAUACACCUUAUUAGUUGAAGAAACUCGACAAGAAGAUGGACUAGUGGUCAAGAAAUGGGUGAGGGAUUAUGCACGUCAUCUCUGA